CUCCAUCACCAUCUGCUAAGGCCAUCUUAGAAGUCUCCGCCAUUAUCCUUGCAAUGUCCAAAACAGAAGCUCUUCCUCUCUAUGAACGAAAACAUCUAAAAAAGAUCAUUCCAAGAUUAAUUGAACUUACAAUUCUUUUUCUUUGCUUUUCCCUUCUUGGCUAUCGCCUUCUCCAUCUGAAAAACCAUGGAUUCAUAUGGCUCGUAGCUCUUUUGUGUGAAUCAUGGUUCACUUUUAUUUGGAUUCUUGUCGUCAACAUCAAAUGGAACCCUAUUGCCAUCAAAACCUACCCCGAACGCCUUCUGCAACGGAAUUUGGAGCUGCCCCCGUUGGACAUGUUUGUAACAACAGCAGAUCCUGUUUUGGAGCCGCCGAUUAUUACUGUUAACACAGUAAUAUCACUCUUAUCUAUGGAUUAUCCAGCCAACAAAUUAGCAUGUUAUUUGUCUGAUGAUGCAGCUUCGCCUCUUACUUACUUUUGUCUUGUGGAAGCAUCCGAGUUUGCUAAGCUUUGGAUUCCAUUUUGUAAGAAGUAUAAUGUUCCUGUUAGAGCUCCUUUUCGGUAUUUCUCCGACCAGAGUUUGUUCACCGGAAAUAGUUCAUCAGAAUUCCAAGAAGAUUGGAACAUAAUGAAGGGCGAAUACACACGGCUCUGCCAAAAGAUAGAGGAAGCUGCUCAGAAAUCUGUGCCAUGUGAACUUACCGGAGAUUUUGCAGCUUUUGUCGACAUUGACAGGAGAAGCCAUCCAACCAUCAUCAAGGUAAUAUCGGAGAACAAGGAAGGUCUUCCAGAUGGGCUGCCUCCUAUUGUCUACAUCUCCAGAGAAAAGCGCCCAAAUCAUGCUCACCAUUUCAAAGCAGGAGCAAUGAAUGUUCUGGCAAGAGUCUCCGGUGUGAUGACAAAUGCUCCUGUCAUGCUGAAUGUAGACUGUGACAUGUUUGCCAAUAAUCCACAAGUUGUCCUGCAUGCAAUGUGUCUUCUUCUUGGUGUCAAGGAUGAAACGGACUGCGGAUUUGUGCAGUUUCCCCAACAGUUCUAUGAUGGAUUGAAGGAUGACCCUUUCGGAAACCAAAUGGUUGUGAUGAUUAAAUACUUGGGGAGAGGAUUGGCCGGGCAUCAAGGCCCCUUAUACGGAGGGACAGGAUGCUUUCAUAGAAGAAAAGUCAUAUAUGGCUCAUCACCAGAGGACAAAUCAGGCCAUGGAAAGAUGAACAUUGGAGAUUUAGAGAAAACUUUUGGAAAAUCCACAAAAUUCAACAAAUUUGUGGCUCAGGCUUUAUCUUCAUCAAGCAGAACUGCAGAAAGUCCUGAAUCUAUCUCCAAAUCCAUUGAUGAGGCAUGCCAAGUUGCUAGCUGUGGUUAUGAGUACGGUACUUCAUGGGGCAAAGAGGUUGGUUGGAUAUAUGGAUCUACAACAGAAGACGCACUUACUGGGCUUAAUAUCCAUUGGAGAGGUUGGAGAACAAUGUGGUUGACGACCAACCCAAAAGGCUUUCUUGGGAGUGCUCCAUCAUGUGGGCCUAAUACACUGAUCCAGCAAAAGAGAUGGUCCACUGGACUUCUUGAAAUACUAUUCACUCCUAAAAGCCCAUUCUUGGGAACUUUGCUUGGAAGGUUGGAGUUCAAGCAAUGCUUGGACUAUCACUAUUUCCUUCUUUGGGGCCCAAGGUCGAUCUUCGAAAUAUGUUAUGCUGCUCUACCUGCUUAUUGCAUUUUGACCAACACAAAUUUCCUACCGAAGGUGAACGAACCAGCUAUACUAAUACCAAUUUCCAUUUUUGUGAUCUUUAACACGUAUUGUGUAUCAGAAUACAUUCAAACAAAUCAAUCAAUAAAAUCAUGGUGGAAUAACCAUAGAAUGGCUAGAAUAAUUGCCAUGACUGCAUGGUUAUGUGGAUUCCUUAGUGUCAUAUUCAAGAUCCUGAGGUUGUCUGAGACAGUAUUUGAAGUUACAAAGAAAGAACAAAGUUCAAGCAUUGAAGAUAGUGAUGAGAAACCAGGAAGGUUCACAUUUGAUAAUUCACCAGUUUUUGUGCCUGGCACAGUCAUUUUGAUGGUAAAUUUGAUUGCUUUGGGUAUUGGAUUCUCGAGUUUCAUACAAAGGAGGGGAGGUCAAAUAGAGUGGGGAAUAGGAGAAUUGGUAUGUAGCAUAUGGGUGGUCUUAUGUUUCUGGGCAUUCUUGAAAGGGUUAUUUGAGAAAGGAAAAUAUGGGAUUCCAUCAUCCACAAUUUACAAGUCUGCAGCUCUGGUAUUUGUGUUUGUGCAGAUUUACAAAUCAAGUUGAGGAAUAUGAGACUUUUGUUGUUUUAAGGUUAACUGGUUAAGUAUUGGUUUCA